AUGAUAGCCGGAAAAGUCAGUAAGCCCUUGCUGCUGCUGCGGAGUGAGAUGAAUGCAGAGUCGAGAGGUGAGGACAAGGCAGCUACUUCAGACAGUGAGCUGAACGAGCCCCUGCUUGCUCCUGUGGAAUCAAAUGAUGGUGAGGACACUCCCAGCAAGCUUUUCGGGGCCAGAGGCAACUCUGUACCGGGUGAAUCAAACGAUUCGCAUCAACCCAGCCAGUCACAUCCAGGAUUCCCUGUUGGGCCUCAAUCAUUACUGGCAGCACAGCAGCUGGCUUCAGCGGUGGCAGGAGUGAUGCCAGGUGGCGCUCCGGCCCUCAACCAACCAAUUCUUAUUCCAUUUAACAUGGCUGGGCAGCUUGGAGGGCAACAAGGACUGGUCUUGACGCUGCCUACAGCCAACCUUACCAACAUUCAAGGUCUGGUGGCAGCUGCUGCUGCAGGAGGAAUCAUGACGCUACCACUGCAAAAUUUACAAGCUACCUCAUCUCUGAAUACACAGCUUCAGCAGCUACAACACCUUCAGCAACUGCAACACCACCACCAUCAUCAUCACCAUCAACAGCAAGGACAGCAUCAGCAACAGCAAUCACUUCAGCCGCAACCGCAGUCUACAAGCCAGCAUCCACAGCCAUCUCAGCAGCCAUCACAUCCGCCACAACAGCCAUCACAGCAACAGAACCAACAUCAACAACAGCAGCAAAACCAAACACAAACACAGAGUCAGAACCAACAUGCUAUAAGCCAGCAGCCCUCCAGCUCUCCUCAAAAACCCAAUCAAUCACCAGGACAUGGCCUUCCUUCACCAAUGACACCACCAAAUCCAUUACAGAUGGUAAAUAAUCCAUUAGCAAACCAAGCGGCGGCAGCAGCAGCGGCAGCAGCAGCAAUGGGCUCAAUAGCUAGUUCACAAGCCUUUGGAAAUGCACUCUCCAGUCUUCAAGGGGUUUCAGGCCAAUUAGUCACAAAUGCACAGGGACAGAUAAUUGGAACUAUUCCACUUAUGCCAAAUUCGGUAUCAUCUAAUCAAGCUGGAGGAGGAGCUCAGGGACUUCAAGUACAGCCAAUAACCCCACAACUACUGACCAAUGCCCAGGGUCAGAUUAUUGCCACAGUAAUCGGGAAUCAAAUCCUGCCCGUGAUCAACACCCAGGGAAUAACGCUGUCACCGCUCAAAUCGGGACAACAGCUCCAUCAACCAGCACAGACACAGGUGGGACAAAUGGCAUCACAAGCCAAUCUUCUGCACUUGGGUCAUAAUCAAGGAUCUAUGUCUCAGAGCCCAGUCCGUCAAGCUUCCUCUUCUUCCUCCUCAUCUUCGUCUUCUUCAGCUUUGAGUGUUGGUCAGUUAGUAAGCAAUCCUCAAACUGCAAGUGGAGAGGUUGAUGGAGUAAAUCUUGAAGAAAUACGAGAAUUUGCUAAAGCUUUUAAAAUACGACGCUUAUCACUUGGCCUGACCCAAACUCAAGUGGGCCAAGCAUUAAGUGCAACAGAAGGCCCAGCUUACAGCCAGUCUGCCAUUUGCAGACACACCAUCCUGAGAAGCCACUUUUUCCUACCACAGGAAGCCCAAGAGAACACUAUAGCUAGCAGUCUGACAGCCAAACUGAACCCUGGCCUUUUGUAUCCUGCCAGGUUUGAAAAGCUGGACAUCACCCCUAAAAGUGCCCAGAAGAUAAAGCCUGUCCUUGAGCGGUGGAUGGCAGAGGCUGAGGCCCGCCAUCGAGCAGGUAUGCAGAACCUGACAGAGUUUAUCGGCAGCGAACCAUCAAAAAAGCGCAAGAGACGCACUUCGUUCACUCCACAAGCCCUAGAGAUCUUGAAUGCCCAUUUUGAAAAGAACACACAUCCUUCUGGCCAGGAAAUGACAGAAAUUGCAGAGAAGCUGAACUAUGACCGGGAAGUUGUUAGAGUUUGGUUCUGCAAUAAGCGGCAAGCUCUCAAGAACACAAUUAAACGGAUAAAACAGCACGAGCCAGGCACAGCCGUUCCUAUGGAGUCUUUAACGGACUCAAUGGAAGAAAACUCCUAA